AUGGAGAAACUUACCCCCUCUGCUACACCGAUAAACCAAAUGACGUCCAAAGAACUUUCCUUACAAUACGCUCAACGCUUUGUUGAUUUUGUCAAUGAGUCCCCUACACCUUAUCAUGCAGUCAAUUCCGUUAAGGAGCUGUUGAAAGGUGCCGGAUUUGAGGAGCUCGUCGAACGCAAUAACUGGCGUGGAAGAGUCCAAAGGAAUGGAAAAUACUAUGUCAGUAGAAAUGGCUCCUCCAUAAUUGCAUUCACGGUAGGGGGCAAGUAUAAGAAUGGGAAUGGAGUUGCCAUUGUUGGAGCUCAUACUGAUAGUCCAUGUUUAAGAAUCAAACCCAUCUCAAAGAGAACUUCUGAAGGGUUCAUUACCGUGGGAGUAGAGCAAUAUGGAGGAUUGAUUGCUCACACUUGGUUUGAUAGAGAUUUAUCAAUUGCAGGACGUGUAUACGUGGACGAGGACGGCAAGUAUGUGCCCAAAUUGUUGAAAAUUGAUAAACCUUUGUUGAGAAUACCAACAUUGGCUAUUCACUUGAACCGCGAGGUCAAUACUAAAUUUGAAUUCAACAAGGAGACAAAAUUGGUGCCAAUAGCUGGUCAGGUGGCAUUGGAAAGUUGUGCAGAUGAUCCAGAUUUGAAGAUGUCACCGGAACAAUUUGAAUCUGUGCAAAAUGUCAUUUCGAGACACAACAAAUCAUUGAUUGAACUUAUUGCAAAAGAGCUAAAUGUCAAACCAGAACAAAUUGAGGAUUUUGAAUUGCUCUUGUACGACCAUCAAAAAUCUGCGAUUGGUGGAUUGAAUGAUGAGUUUAUAUUUUCAGCAAGGUUGGACAAUUUAACAUCAUGCUUUGCCGCCACGGAAUCGUUGAUUGAAUCUGCAGAUGACUUGGCUAACCAGAAAGGAAUCCAGUUGAUCAGUUUGUUUGACCACGAAGAAAUCGGGUCUCGUAGUCUGCAUGGUGCUGACUCAUCAUUUCUUCCAGAUGUGUUACUGCGCUUGACUAGGAUCGAUUUUGAAGGAAACAAAGAUUUCGAUUUUUUCCACGAAGUAAUUUCAAAGUCUUUCUUACUUUCUUCUGACCAAGCGCAUGGUGUCCAUCCAAACUAUGGAGAGGCUUAUGAAUCUCAAAAUCGCCCUCAAAUUAACUUGGGUCCCGUGAUCAAGGUCAAUGCUAACCAAAGGUAUGCAACUAACUCACCAGGAGUUGUAUUGUUGAAAAAGGUUGCUGAUAGAGCUAAAGUACCGCUUCAAUUGUUUGUCGUUAGAAAUGAUUCCCCUUGCGGUUCUACUAUCGGUCCGUUGUUGAGUUCAAAGUUGGGUAUUAGAACAUUGGAUCUUGGAAACCCGCAAUUGUCUAUGCAUUCAAUCAGAGAGACUGGGGGUGCCUAUGACAUCAUUAAACUUAAUGAUUUAUUCAAGUCGUUUUUUGAAAACUAUAUUGAUUUGGAAGAGAAAAUCUUAUGUGAUCACCUUUAG